UUUCGAAGGGUUUUAGGAGGUUUUAAGCUUGCGUGCAAUGCCUUCCCAUCAGCAACAAGCCCUAGCGAUUCUUCACGCUACUCUAGCUCGCCCUCUAACUCACCGAUUUUCAUCCGAUUCACACUCAUCAGACCUACCAUGUCAUCACCAAACCCUGAAUCCUCGGAUCCCCAAAGCCCAACAAUCCCGUCAGAUUCUUCGACCGAGAACAUUAAUCCGGUCGACCCAGACCCAGAUCAACCCAACGGCGAAUCGUCGAAUUCAGGAGAGGGAGGGGAAGAGGAAGAAGGAGAGUGUGGGUUUUGCUUGUUCAUGAAAGCGGGUGGCUGCAAAGAAAGCUUUGUAGCUUGGGAAACGUGCGUGGACGAAGCGGAGAAGAAUGGCGACGACGUUGCCAUGAAAUGCAUGGACGCCACUUCGUCUUUGAAGAAGUGCAUGGAGGCUCACGCCGAUUACUAUGAGCCGAUACUGAAAGCCGAGAAGGCCGCCCAGGAAGAAGCCAUUAGGGAGUUAGAAAAAGAAAAGGCUGCUAAAGAUUCUGAGCAAAAUUUGGAAUCCAAAGAGGAUUUGCAGAAAAAUUGAGGUGCUUGUUGGUUUUAAAAUUAUCUCUUUGGGUUUUAGAGAUAAUUGUUGUUUUUAGGGGUAAAUUCAGCCAAUUGGAUGGCAAAGGAGGAUACUUUUUUGGGUACUGAUUUACUACUAAUAGAGGAAAGGUUAUUAAGAAAUCACGAGAAAUGAAUAAUAUUGAAUUGAUAAUGAUUUUUUACUGGAACAAACAUUAUUGUGUUUUA